GGCGCGCUAAAAAGUCCGCUCACAAGCAGCGGAGACGUGCAUGGAUGAAACAAGUCCUGUCUUCACUCCUCAGUCUUCACCUGCGCGGAGCGGACACUGGGGGCCUAAAGAAGACAGGUGGCGUCAAUAAGCGAAGGAACGCGCGGUUCCCUGCCCCGUGCGCCAUGCCGCCUGCACUCCCCGCCGCCUGACGCGCCCUCAGCCGACGCGGCCGCGACCAUGAAGACGACGCGCAAGUGUCGCGCUCUUCUGUCGGUGGGCCUGAACCUGGUGGCGCUGCUGUUCUCCACCACGGCCUUCAUCACCACGUACUGGUGCGAGGGCACACAGCGGGUACCCAAGCCCAACUGCAGCGCGCAGCGGCGCCACAAUUGCAUCGACUACGGUGUCAACGAGACGGACCAGAGCAAGGUGCAUUACAGCUGGGAGACCGGCGACGACCGCUUCCUCUUCAGACGCUUCCACACCGGAAUCUGGUACUCGUGCGAGGAGAACAUCCACGAGGCAGGUGAGAAGUGCCGCAGCUUCAUUGACCUGGCCCCCGCCUCGGAAAGAGGCGUGCUGUGGCUGUCGGUGGUGUCAGAGGUUCUGUACAUCCUGCUGCUGGUGGUGGGCUUCAGCCUCAUGUGCUUGGAGCUUUUCCACUCCAGCAACGUCAUCGACGGACUCAAGCUCAACGCCUUUGCCGCCGUCUUCACCGUGCUGUCCGGUCUUCUUGGAAUGGUGGCCCACAUGAUGUACACACAAGUGUUCCAGAUCACUGUCAGUCUAGGUCCUGAAGACUGGAGGCCUCACAGUUGGGAUUAUGGAUGGUCUUUCUGCAUGGCGUGGGGCUCCUUCACAUGCUGCAUGGCUGCCUCGGUCACCACGCUCAACUCCUACACCAAGACAGUCAUCGAAUUCCGCCACAAGCGCAAACUCUUCGAGCAGGGUCUCCGCGAGGAGCAGAACUUCCUGGAUCAGGAGGCCUUCCACUACUUCCGAGAGCGCUCCCUGCAGUCCAUCUCGGGCACCCUGGACGUCUACCCGGGCCCCGGGGGCAUCCCCGGGGGUAUCUCCGGUCCCCCACCGGAUCAGACGGCGGGUCGGACCAAGAUGAGGACCGCCUCCAUUGAUUUGGGCGAGAACACGGACUCGCUGGGGGAGGAGCAGUGCUGAAGGAGAGGCAGAACCUGGACCCGGUUCUGAUACUACAAUAUGAAUGUGUAGCUGCCUUGAGUAAAAAAAGAUUUGACUAGACAAACGGCAAUAGCAAUGACUUGACAGACUUGAAUUGUACAUUGUUGAUACAAAAUAUGACAUAGCAUAAUA